CAUAUACUACGAUAUAUUAGCCACCAGUUUUUCGAGAACUCUGUGAUAAUUGCCCAAUUUUUUUUUAUUUUUGAAUUGAAAUAGGAAAUUUCAAGAAGAGGGGUUUUAUUUUUAGCGAUUUCGAAAUAAUUACCCUUUAUAAGAGAGGUAACAUUGUCUGUCUGAAUAUACAGGCAUUUAAAAAUCCGAACACAUCGGUCAUGGAAGUCUUCACCUUUUUCGCCGCUGUAGCAGUUCUGUUUGCGGUCUGUAAGUUCAUCGAGAACUACCUGAGGUCCUUUUAUAUUGAGAACUCUCCCCACCGGUGGGUUUUGAUCACAGGGUGCGACACGGGGUUCGGUCAUCGCCUCGCUCAGGAUUUGGACAAGAGAGGCGCAAGAGUUUUUGCAGGAUGCUUGACCGAGGAAGGGGAAAAAAGGUUGGGUGAAAAAUGUUCGGACAAUGUUGUGAUUUUCCGUCUAGAUGUUACCAGAAAGGACUCCAUUCAAAAUGCCGUAAAUCUGGUUAGAUCAAGACUUGCUGAGAAGGAAGUACUAUGGGCAGUUGUCAACAAUGCUGGAGUUUUGCACAUUGCAGCACCGUUGGAAUGGCAAACCAAGGAGCACUUUGAGAAAACUCUGAACGUCAACUUGUACGGGGCGAUAAUGAUAACGAAGUCUUUUCUUCCUCUUCUUCGAGAGUCAAAAGGACGCCUGAUAAACAUGUCGUCUGUUGCCUCCAUGGUCGCAUUUCCGGGAGUUGUUGCGUACAACGUCAGCAAAUCUGCGCUUGAAGCGUACACAGAUACCUUUAGACGAGAGAUGUACCACGUGGGCGUGUCAGCUCACUUAAUACAGCCUAGUGGAUUCGCUACCUGUAUAUUCCCACAGGAAGCCACGCUCCGUCUUCGACAGGCCUUUUAUGAACUUCCGGAAAACGUGAAAGAGUUUUACGGAGAGAAAACCAUACAUUCAGGGGCAGUUGGACAGGUGGGCUCCGAUGGUUCAUUCGACUCCGAUUUGUCCAAAGUGACGACGGCAAUCCAGCACGCGCUGUUUGCACGAUACCCCAGAUACCGUUACCCCGUGGGUAGGGGUUCGGUGGCCUUGUUUUGGACACUGACCAAACUCCCAGAAAUCGUAGCUGACAGAAUGUUUGCAGCCGCGGCUCCUUGACCUGUUUAAAAAAGAUAUGUCUGGUUGGUUCAAAAUCGUAUUGAUUACAGCCGUUUAUAAUAAUUACAAAUAGAGUCACAACAUAUAUACAUUGUAUGUUCACUAAUAUUUAUAUCAUUAAUAUCAAUAUACAUGAAAGUACAUAUAUUCAAACACACCAUGCAUAAAGUCAGGAGAGUCAAUUCAUUCAGAUUUAAAACUCAAACAUAAUUUUAUCUUAAUAUAUGAUUCUAAAUGUUUAUAAAUAUAGAAAAAGAUGUUCAAUCGAAAAGGGGUUGUUUAUAAGUAUUUUGUUCGACUUUUAUCAUUACAAAGCAAGGCCAGUGAUGUUUGGACGCAGUCACAGUUUAUUUUUAACUGUGACAAAUGUCUCGAAACAAAUAACAGUACAAUGUACUAUUAUAAAGUGUAACCUCGUCUCAUACAUGUACAUAGUUUAAAAAAGAGUCAUUCAUGACGAUGUCUCACCAUAUCACGUUAAAUCUAAAUAUAGAUAUCGAAUAAUAAACGAAAUGAAAGCAAUCAAAGCGACCUUGAGAUUGUGAAUGUAAAGUUGCACCAGAAUGUACACAAUGCACACAUACAUUAUCAAUAUUGCAUCAUUACAAGUAAUAUUACGAUGUGUCAUUUUGAUAGUUUGUAUUUUCAUUAAUACGUUAAUAUAUCUAAUUGUUAUUGAAUGUUGAAAUUGUUAUUGAAUAAAUUAAUGUUCUGAAA